CUUGAUUGUUUUUCCGAAUUUCGAGAUUGGAUUUGUCAUCCAUUCAUCGCGUAGUACGUCAAUCAGCAGCAAAGUUUCUUUACUUUUGCAAAACUCUUCAAGUUCCUCGCCUUAAUCCCUUCUAGGACAUUACUAACGACUUCAACAUGGACUGGCUUUUCGGAAAGAGAAUUUCGCCCGAAGAAAUGAUGCGAAAGAACCAGCGUGCCCUGAAUAGAGCGAUGCGUGAAUUGGAUCGCGAGCGAAUGAAAAUGGAGCAGCAGGAAAAGAAAAUCAUCGCAGACAUCAAGAAAUUGGCCAAGGACGGGCAAAUGGAUGCAGUGAAGAUCAUGGCGAAGGACUUGGUGCGGACAAGGCGAUAUGUGAAGAAGUUUAUGCUGAUGCGAGCCAAUAUUCAAGCGGUUUCGCUGAAGAUCCAGACGCUCAAAUCGCAGAACACCAUGGCCGAGGCUAUGAAAGGUGUCACAAAGGCCAUGCAGAGCAUGAAUCGUCAAUUGAAUCUUCCACAGAUUCAGAAGAUACUUCACGAGUUCGAGAAACAGUCCGAGAUCAUGGAAAUGAAGGAGGAAAUGAUCAACGACGUGAUGGACGACGCCAUGGAGGCCGAGGGUGACGAGGAGGAGACUGAUGCCGUUGUUGCCCAAGUCCUGGACGAACUCGGUUUGCAGCUGAAUGAUCAACUCUCCGACCUGCCGGCAGCUUCGGGAUCGCUUUCGGUUGCUGGCAACAAACAACCUCAGGCAGCGAUUGCUGCAGGCGGAGCAGGUGUGGCUGCAGGAGGCAAUGGUGGCGGUGGAGCUGCCAGCCCGAUGUCGGAUGCGGACGCAGAUCUGCAAGCACGACUCGAUAAAUUACGAAGAGAAUAGUUUUGCUUCGCGCGAAAUGACCCUACUCCAAAUUAUCCCUGGUUUAACGUUCUCCCUCCAGAAAAUUUGUUAUUUUUAUUUUUGUACUAUAAACGAAAUUACAAGCGAAUCUUAUUGAUAUAUUGAAUAUAUACUAAAAUAUAAGGACUAACACAUUGAA